CGCCCGCCGCGCGCACUGAGGGAGCGGGGUCGCCGCCGCCUGCCGCCCGCUCGCCCGCGUGCCCGGGCCGCGGUGGGCCAGGAUGUCGGGCUUCCUGGAGGAGCUGCUGGGCGAGAAGCUGGUGACGGGCGGCGGCGAGGAGGUGGACGUGCACUCGCUGGGCGCCCGCGGCAUCUCGCUGCUCGGGCUCUACUUCGGCUGCAGCCUGAGCGCCCCCUGCGCGCAGCUCAGCGCCAGCCUGGCCGCCUUCUACGGCCGCCUGAGGGGGGACGCGGCGGCCGGGCCGGGGCCGGGGCCGGGGGCUGGCGCGGCCGCCGAGCCCGAGCCGCGGAGCCGCCUGGAGAUCGUCUUCGUGUCCUCAGACCAGGACCAGAGGCAGUGGCAGGACUUCGUGCGGGACAUGCCGUGGCUGGCGCUGCCCUACAAGGAGAAGCACAGAAAGCUAAAACUUUGGAACAAGUACCGAAUUUCCAACAUUCCAUCACUAAUAUUCCUAGAUGCCACCACCGGGAAGGUUGUGUGCAGGAAUGGGCUGCUGGUGAUCCGUGAUGACCCCGAAGGUCUGGAAUUCCCUUGGGGACCCAAGCCUUUCAGGGAAGUCAUUGCAGGGCCAUUGCUUAGAAAUAACGGGCAGUCCCUGGACAGCAGCAGCCUGGAGGGGUCCCACGUGGGCGUCUAUUUCUCCGCGCACUGGUGUCCACCCUGCCGGAGUCUCACACGGGUCCUGGUGGAAUCCUACCGGAAGAUCAAGGAAGCAGGCCAGAAGUUUGAGAUCAUCUUUGUCAGUGCGGACAGGUCAGAGGAGUCCUUUAAGCAGUACUUCAAUGAGAUGCCCUGGCUUGCCGUCCCCUACACUGACGAGGCCCGGCGGUCACGCCUCAACCGGCUGUAUGGCAUCCAAGGCAUCCCCACGCUCAUUGUUCUGGACCCGCAGGGAGAGGUGAUCACCCGGCAGGGACGGGUAGAGGUGCUCAACGAUGAGGACUGCAGGGAGUUCCCAUGGCACCCUAAGCCCGUGCUGGAGCUGUCCGACUCCAACGCUGUGCAGCUCAACGAGGGCCCCUGCCUUGUGCUCUUCGUAGACUCGGAGGAUGAUGGGGAGUCUGAGGCCGCCAAGCAGCUGAUCCAACCAAUAGCUGAGAAAGUCAUUGCCAAGUACAAAGCCAAGGAGGAGGAGGCUCCGCUUCUGUUCUUUGUGGCUGGAGAGGAUGACAUGACCGAUUCCCUGCGCGACUACACCAACCUGCCCGAGGCUGCCCCUCUGCUGACCAUCCUGGACAUGUCGGCCCGGGCCAAGUACGUGAUGGACGUGGAGGAGAUCACCCCCGCCAUCGUGGAGGCCUUUGUGAAUGACUUCCUAGCAGAAAAACUCAAGCCAGAGCCCAUCUAGUGGGGCCACGGCCUCCUGGGGCCUUAUUUAAAACUCUCCUCCUUCUCUUCUUCCUCCUCCUCCCCCCUCCUUUCCCAGCCCUGGGACUUCCCUGGCGUGUCCUGAGUCGCACAACUCGCGUGCCCCACCUCUCUGGGGUGCUUUCUCUUUGUAUUCACUCCUCAGCCAACACCCUAGGGUGUGCAGCCUCCCAGUGGCAGCAGAAGAGCCCACCAUGUUUGGAAGCUCCAUGUGGCAUCCAUAGGGGUGGCACCACCCAGCCAGGAUCAGGGCGGCUUCGCUCCGUCCAGGUCCCUGGCUAUCAGCGAUGGGUCCGCCACCGUGGUAUUCUUUGUGUGUGCGGGUGGUGAAUUGGGGCUUCAGCUCCGGUUCUGGCUGCGGCUUGAGAGCAUCCUUUCCUAAGUGGUAUCCUCCCUAUCGGCCCAGGGAGCUACUGAUCUGAAAGGAAGCUUGCAGAGUAUUUUUGGUGGGAAAAAUGAGUAGCUAAGAUGAUGAUUCCUACAGUAAUAGCUUUCGUCCAACUGCAACCCUCCCUUCCUUUCAUCCCUUUCUUCCUUGCUGUUGACCUUCCCAAUGUCUCUGCCUCCUCAUAGAGAACAGCUCCUAUUCUUAUGGAAUUUUGUGACUGAAUUCUGCCCCUUUGGCACCCUCGCUGGCACAGUGCCACGUCUGAGGUCCCUGUAUCCCCUUUGGUGACCCUAUCACUCCCUGUUCUUUUCAAAGCAGAAAUCCCCAGACGCCUAGCUUUUCCCUAGAAUCCUGCAGAAGGAGCUGCACCCUGGGGUCCUGUCCGGCAGAAGCCUUGCGAGGAGCUCUUCUCCCAGGCCUGUUGACUUCUCAUCCAGCAGCGGCUGUGUUCUUGGGAGUCGGGCGGGGGCUUUGGCCUGGGGAUUUCUGAGGUUUUCCUCUUCAGUGGGCCUUGAAACCAUCUCAGGCCUUACUCCGGGAUCUGCUCAACACCGAAGCUGUGCACGUGGAGAACCCAGCCCCGCUAAGGAGCUGCUAGCCCCUGCUGAACUGGAUUGUUGAUCUGUAGUUCAGAGGUACCCCAAUUAGUUGGUGAUGAGACUGUUUGAUGUUGCCAGCUUGAAAUGCCGUCACUUAGCAAGAAAUAAAGCAGGCAUCUCUGGACGUUGUCAA